AGUGGCGGGACAAAGUAGCCUAUUGGCUGGUGUCACGUCGAGACGAAUCCAAACGUCGUCGUAUCGUGCCUCCUCCCUCGGUUCUUGAUCGCAGGUACAACAGAAAAAAGAGAGAAAAACGCAGCAAGAACAAAGCUGAUCAUCGCCCACAAACCUUAAAUCUUAAUUCUUUAACAUGGAUUCCGAAGGGCAACGAAUUUCUUCAAACCCCUCGGCAAUGCUGGAUGCCCUCCUAUGUCAAAGGGCUAAACUGCACGAAGAACUCCGGAAUAUUGAAAAACAGGUAUAUGAUAUGGAAACGAGUUAUUUACAGGACCCAAGUCAAUGUGGCAAUGUCUUGAAAGGUUUUGAGGGGUUCUUGUCCUCCUCCAAGAACACUACACUCUUGAGAAGAUCCCGGAAGUUUCAACCGGAAGACAGGCUCUUUUCAUUAUCUUCUGUCACGUCUCCAGCUGCUGAAGAAGUUGCUAGAGAUGGUGGUGUCUCAGCAAACGGACCUGGAAAACCGAAGAAAGGUAGAGUGGCAAGGGAGGCAAAGAGAAGGCAGUCUAGUGAAGCUGAUUUUGAUUAUGAAGACGAUCCUGAUUUGAUGUAGCGACACUCGUGAUUUUUCCCUGUCGAGUUUUCCAAUCAAAUCUUUCUUUUUUCCUUUCUUUUGUUUUUUUNGGGUUUAU